CUUAAGCUGUGCAUGUGUGUGUGUGUGUGUGUGUACUUGUGCACACACACAUACACUGAGCGAGCGAGGCAGACGUCUCCGAAGACUCAACAGGAGAUUUCACCGAACUGCGCGGCAGACAAUCACUGACGCAUGGUUCAGCCUGAAACCAGCUUGAGAUAUAGAGCUGCAGUUUUUCCCGUCGUGAUUAUUUCCUUCACCCUUCCUUCAUCCUGAUCGACGCGAAGUGGACGCAGAUGAGUACGGACGGCUCUUGCAUUUGCAUUGGAUUGUCCACACCCCUUCGGAGAUAAGGACGGGGACUGAGCCCUCGGUUGCGCCUACAGGAGAAGGAGAAAGUGACACCGAGAAGACCGAAGGCGAAACGAGAGGCGAGACUUAACUGAUUUGGGGAAAUUAUUCACUUUGGUUGACAGGAAAACUCGUCCCGUUUUCCUCGUCUGACUACCUUCCACCGGAACCAGCUUGUUACUGAACAAUUUGGAUUUACAUCAGAUGAUACCUCCCCUGGCGGCAGACAUGGAGUCCCUCCAGAGCUGUGUCCACCAUGUCCCUCUCCGUGCGGCCUUCGCGCCGAAUUGUCUCCCGGUCCAUCACUAGGAGUCAGUCCUUCGCCGGAGUCAACUCCUACGACAAACCCUACAGGUCCCUCGCUGUGUUCAGCACCCCAGGGUGCACCAGAAAAGCCUCCAACAGAGGAAGCAGGAUGUUCACCCUCUCCGCCAAAUCAGUGCCCCCAAAGGUGCCUCAGCCCGAGAGGCUGGAUGAGGUCUACGAGGCCCUGAAGAGAGGCUUGCAGUCCUACCUGCACGUCCAUCAGAUGGAGCUGGACAGCCUCAGCCGGCAGAUGAAGGAAUCCAAGAGGAACUCCCGCCUGGGUUUCCUAUAUGAGCUGGACAAGCAAGUGAAGGUUAUCGAGAGGUUCAUGCGGCGGCUGGAGUUCCAUCAGAGCAAGAUUGACGAGCUGUACGAUGCCUACUGCAUGCAGCGGAGACUGCGGGACGGAGCCAAUAAGAUGGUGAAGGCCUACACAGCGUCCAGCGGCAGCAGAGAGGCCAGGGAGAGUCUGUCCGAGGCCAACAAGGGCUUCAAGGAAUACACAGAGAAUAUGUGCAUGCUGGAAAACGAGCUGGAAAAUCAACUCGGAGAGUUCCAUAUCAAAAUGAAAGGUCUGGCAGGCUUCGCGAGGCUCUGUGCAGGGGACCAGUAUGAGAUCUUUAUGAAAUAUGGCCGUCAGCGGUGGAAGCUCCGGGGUCGGAUCGAGAUCAACGGCAAGCAGGUGUGGGACAGCGAGGAGAUGGUCUUCCUACCGCUCAUCACCGAGUUCCUGUCGAUAAAGGUAACAGAACUCAAGAGCCUAGCCAAUCACGUGGUGGUGGGGAGCGUGUCGUGCGAGACCAAGGACCUGUUUGCUGCGCUGCCUCAAACGGUGGCUGUCGACAUCAACGACCUGGGCACCAUCAAACUGAGCCUGGAGGUCACCUGGAACCCCUUCGAUAAGGACGACCAGGCCUCCUCCGCCAGCACCGUCAACAAAGCUCCCACGGUCAACAAGCGCUUCUCCACCUACAACCAGAGUCCCCCAGACACGCCGUCUCUGCGCGAGCAGGCCUUCUAUAACAUGUUGCGGCGGCAGGAGGACGUGGAGAACGGCACGGCCUGGUCCAACUCCUCCGAGUCGUCCGACGACUCGUCCAGCCCCCAGCUGUCGCUGGGCCUGCGCCACGCCAACAAGAACGUGGUCCAGCCCGAGGUGCAGGCGUCUGCCCCGGCCAUCGAGAUCUCCUUCGCCCCGCGGGAGUCCGCCACCUCCACCCCCACCCGCCUAGCCAAUCAGAAGGAGGAGGAGGAGGAAGAGGAAGAGACUGCAGCUGUGGCAGUGGCCGUUGCGACGACGACGACGACAGCAGCAGCAGCAGCGGCCGCCACCACUGCCGCCGUGGAUGCUGGGAAGGCGGAGGUGCCGAACGGCCACGCCCGAUACUCGCGCUCGCUGAGUCACAUCAGCGAGAGCAGCGUGGACGGCGCGCUGACGGACAGGUCGACCAGCGACUCGGUCGAGCCAUCCGAGGUGGCCUCGGUCGCGUCCGGCAUAUCGGUCACCGACAUCAUCAUGGAGAUGCCGGUCCGGGCGGAGGCCACGGCGGCUGCGGCGGAGGCCGUCCAGGAGCCCAGCACGGCGUCGGAGCCGGAGGGCUCCUGCAACGAGGCCCUGUCGUCCGAGGAUCUGCCCGCGGGGCCGGAGGAUUCGGACGCCGGCUCCGUCACCACCGCCUCCGACGAGCCCCGGCCCGAGUCCGAGCCGGAGCCCAAGCCGGACGUCCCCUCGGAGCCGGCGUCCGAGGCCGACUCCGAGGUCAGCUCCAAGGCCUGCUCCGAGGAGGUCGGGUCGGUGGACUCGUCGUCGCGGACUGAGGAGGCGCCGGCCCAGCAGGAUGACUCCGCGGCCUCUCCCAGGACUGAGUCGCCCGCUCCGAGCCAGGAGCCGGAGUCGGAGCCGGAGGCCAUGGUGGUGAGGGCCCACGUGGCUGUGGUGGAGGCCGAGGAGGAGCCUGGGCCCGUAGUAGAGGCCAAGCCCUCGGACAGCGAGGGGGAGGAGACAGUGGACAUUGGGCUGGACGAGGCGCUGACCGGCGUCAUCUCCUCUCUGGAUGAUUACAGAGGGCAGUUUCCAGAGCUGCAGGUCCUGGAACAGGAGCUGAGACUACUGGAACAAGCACUGUCGGGCUGUAGCCGCAGCCGCUCAUCCAGUGUCAGCCUGACGGUGGAGACGGCGCUCGAGAGCUUCGACUUCCUCAACACGUCGGACCUAGAGGAGGAGGAAGAGGAGGAGGAGGAAGGAGGCAAGCCGAGUGGGACCGACAGUGAGCGGCCAGCUGACGAGAGUGCGGGUGAAGACGAAGGCUGUGAGGAGCGCUGCUGGGAGACUCCCUCCGGCCCGCUCAGCACGGCCUGCCUGGCCCUAGACCGCACCCUGCUGGUGCAUCUGAGGAACUGCAGCUCCCAGCUGCUGCGCCUGGGCACGUUCGGGCCGCUGCGCUGUGGGGAGAUGUACGCUCUGGACCGGCUGCUCAGGGAAGCCCGCGUCCUCGAGCUCAUCAGACGGGUCGCCAAGGAUACGUCAGAGGGCAUGAGCCAGCCUGAAGAGGUGGUUCCCCAGCUAGAUCAGUGCCAGGGGGCAGUGUUGCUAUGGAAGCAGUGUGUGGACGGCAGCAGCGAGAAGGGCGGCGUGUACAGCACGUCCACAGAGGCCUUCCUGCACGCACUCACUAGCACCUACUCCAGCAGACUACCAGAACGAGCCGCAAGCCUGGCUGAUUCAGUGUUCCUGCGGCUGGUGGAGAGGAUGCUGGAGAGGAGGCUGCCCAGACGAGGGGGAGGAACGACCAGAGAGAUGAUCACUCUCUUCCAGUUCUGGAGCUACUUGGAGGCUGAGGGAGUCAUUGAUCUGGACACGCACGUCACUGAGCUGGCUGAAGAGGUGUGGCUGGUCCAGUGCCUGCAGUGUGGGGACCAGGACGCGCUGGUGAAGGCGCUGAAGAGGCCCCCAGAGAGCAGCCUGAAGCGGGAGGGCCUGCGCGCCAUCAGCCUGCUGCUGAGAGACCCCCGCGGGAAGGUGUGCAGCGCCGCCAGCUCCCUGCUCCGCAGCCUGGCGGACCAGCCGCGCCACAGAGAGAGGGCAUUGGUGAGCUGCCUGGAACUUCUAGAAGAUGAGAGUUUGGAGACGCGAGUGUGUGGGUGCAAAGCACUUGCAUGCCUGAGGGCCAAAGAGAGCAUCGACCAGCUGGUCUACUUGUGUCGCACCGAUAAGGAAGAUGUGAGGGAUGCCGCCAAGCAAGCCCUGCUUGUGCUGGGUGAGGAAGGCAAAAUGGCCCACCGACAUGUGGAGACGUCGCAGGACGGAGUGGCCCGACUAUUCGCCCCUGGCAGCAUGGCCAGCACUGCGUUCUGAUCCGGCAGGAAGCAGCCACGCCCUUAAAUCUCCACAGUCACGAACACACAAGCGAACCAUGUCAACUCAAGUUGUGUCUGUCCAAUGUUGCCAAUUCAAAGAGACAGGUGAUCACAGAAAUCACUACACUGUAAAUGCGUGGGUGACAACAGACUGACCCACAGCAUGGACUUCACGCUGUAACUGUAUCCUAUUUUCUGACGUGGGGUAGUGUGUGAGGCAGUCAAGAUCAAGACACGGACGUUAAUUAUUUACCCACUCACAAGCUGACGAGUAAUCACAAUUAUAAAUCUGUAUAUUAUCCAGUAAUAACAUUUGUUACAUGGGGGAAGGUGUGAUGACUGCAAAGUGCAAUGAAGGAGAGUGAUAAGUUGCAGAAAGCAGACGAGGAUGGGAGUGUUUUGCUGCCUUAGUAUUUGGCCCAAUGGUGUUGCCUUUUUUCCAGAACAUGGACAUGUGAUUUAGAACAGCAUCCAGACAAAAAGCUGGACUACCAGAAGCAAGAGACAGUUUGGACGCCCGCUCGCAGAUUGAGGGUGAAGCAUAUUG